AUGGUCGAUCAAGUAGGCAAAUCUCCAAUGCAGGUUCUAUUAUCCCUUUUGCAUUCUAAUGGUUAUGUUUAUGAAAUUACUACAACCGGGUUAAACGAAUUAGAAAAUUUAUUCUUCAUUCAUCCGACAUCAUUUGAUAUUUGGCGUGCAUUUCCGUAUGUGUUGAUUAUAGAUGUCACGUACAAAGCAAACCACUAUAAUAUGCCUUUUCUUGAGGUUGUUGGUGUAACUUCAACCAACAAAACAUUUUCCAUAACUUUCGCCUUUAUGCAUAAUGAGAAGACAAUUAACUAUACAUGGGUCUUAAACUGUCUAAAGUUAACACUGAUGAAUGACUUGAAUAUAAUGGGUGAUAUUCCAAAAGUCUUUCAUCCAUACAUAAAAAAUAUAAGAAAUGUUAAACCCGAUGGAAAUUGUGGAUUUCGAGCACUAGUUGUUUGCCUCGGACUUGAUGAACAUGAAUACUAUGAGUACAUUCGACAGCAAAUGAGAGAAGAGUUACAAAAUCGAUAUCAUAUCUAUGCGGACAUUUUUGUCAGGGAUGUAAAUUCAUUAAAUCAUGACUUGUGUUUCUUUGGGUUGCCUUCUCCAGAAGAACACUGGAUGAAAAUGCCUGAAGCAGGUGUUCUGAUUGCCAAUAAGUUUGGUGUAAUCGUCCAUUCUUUAAGCAUGUCAGACAGUUUCAGUAUUUUCCCGUUUUGGAGUGGUCCGGAAGAGAUUCAACAUCACAGAGCUCUUACAAUUGCCCUAGUAAAUGACGAGAACCAUUAUGUCAUGGUGGAAUUACAAGGAGGGUACCCAAUGCCUACAAUCAUGCCUUAUUGGAAUUUUCGCAACAUUAGCAUGUCUGUGGCUGGAUGGGAGACCAUGUAUAGGUGGCGUCUAGAAUUAUAUACCCAACUUUAUCGUCGUGAAAGUUGUUUUGUCGAUCUAGGUGAUUAA